CAAAAGGUUCAGCCCCAUUUGUAACUCCUUAGAUAAGCUCAGGAGCGAACAGAGACAGACCAGAUUCACAAUCACUCCUUCUUUCACUGAUCUGAAGAAACCAAAGGUGGCUUCCAGCCUAUGAUCUAGAAUUAUCCACAGCCAGUUGGCAACGACAAAAGACUACACAACAGAGUAACACAUUCAGUCUUCUCAAGAUGAAGUGUGCAAGAGUUCUCCACGCCUUUGGGACUCAUACCCAGCCCGCUGCCAUGCCAGCUGACCUUGCCGCAUGUCUGAGCCUUGGCCAGCGCCAAGAUAUUUAUAAGCUGCUGUCUAAGACUCCUCUGAAUCCCGCACAGCGCCCUUAUCAGUCAACUGACAGUCUGCAACGGACCAGCCUUCACUCACUACGCUCCUCUUCCCCCUUCCCAGCAUCCUCCUCGCAGACCUCCUCUCCUUUGUCCUCAGAGCCUCGGAGCUGCUUCCGUAAGGACAGUGGCAGCCUGAACAAGAAGCGCGUGGUCUUCGCGGACGCCUUUGGAUUGGCUCUCACUGCCGUGCGCCUGUUUAUCCCCGAGCCAUCUUCCCUUUCUUCAGAACUUCUGAUAAAGCCUACCGUGGCUAGAUUGCAAAGCCAACAGUUGCACUCAGUCAAUCUGCAGCGCCACAAGUUGCGCCUGGGUUUCGCUCAGCCAGCGUUUGACCUCAAAGCCUGCACACGAGGCUUGCGUGUGCAGUUGGAGAGCUGCAACGUCUCAGAGAACUCCUUGAGCGGCAAAGUGCUUGUCUCCAAUGUCAGCAUUAAAGAGGUUGUGCAUGUAAGGGUGACCUUUGACUCUUGGCGAAGCCACCAUGACAUCCCCUGCACGUUCCUGAAGCAGCAGCACUAUGGGGGUUCUGAUUUGAAUGUUUUUGCCUUUGACAUAAGCUUGCCAAAGAAAGUUGAUCCAAAGGAGAGGGCUGAGUUUUUUGUGUACUUCAAGGAUGGACCUAGCGCCACGCUACACUGGGAUAAUAACCAGGGACAGAACUACAGAGUGUGUGUAGAAACGGAUGGAUCCAAAGUUCACCAAGAGGAUGGUUUCCGUGGUUACCCCACACUUCCACAAUAUCGGCCUUUGCACAUGUCCCUCACUGUCCAGAACGUUACUGAUCCACAGAGGACGACCCUCGACAUCCAGAACUCUUUAGACCAACAGUAUCUUCAGAGGGGUUUAUCAAGCAGAGUCAGAGAGUGGAGGGUUAUGUGUUCGGCUAAGCAGUGAAUCAACCCACCCUCUCAACUGAACUAUGAGAACAUUCAAAUAAUGUCAAUCUUUUAAUAUUUAUUUAAAGUUACGUUUUUUAAGGAUGCAUGGGGUAUCUAAAAUCUCCAGUUUUUGUUUGUCUGAAGCCAACCAUGUGAUCAGAAACUACUUGAAUCGACCACAACCUCUAAACACCACAGAACCUGAUGAAAACUCAUAGUGUGUUGAAGUUAAGUGUUACCACCAAGGAAGCAAUUUAGGUUUAGUCAACAAAAUUACUUUCUUAGGUUUGGAAGACAAAGGAUCAUAAUGUUAAAAUAAGCAUGUAUGUUCUAUAAAUUACAUAUGAAAUGUAUGUUUCUGAUUGAAAGUGUUUGAGUCAUCCUACCCAACUUUCUCCAUUUUGUACCUGGACAUGUUUUGUGUUCACCAUGAAAGAUGAUCCGACUGUAAAUGUCUUUCCAUUCGCAUUUUCUGUAACCGUGGCACAUGUGUUGAAAUUACGUGCCGGCACCAAUGAGCUGUGUCAAGAGGUUGUGGUAAUUUCUGUGGGAUCAGAUUGGCUCAAUUACCCUGUUGAAAUGUGAAUUAUACAAUGCAACAUUGUUCUGAAUAAAUCUAUUUUUGUAAAGAAA